AUGCUUAAAGAAAGUACCAAGUAGAAUAUAUGCAACUAUUCAGAUCACUUUUAAAAUGUAGAAUAGUCAUUUUCUCAAAGCCAAUAAUAGAAUUGUCAAAAUAAUAAGGGCUAAGGUAGCCCAACUUUAAUUAGAUAAAAUUAAACAGGAAUUAAAAAGAUCACCGAAUAGAUAAAAAAAUCUAUAGCUUUUAAUCAAGUAUAAUCAGUCACUUCUGCAUACUCAAAUCCAUAAAAGAAACUAAGUGAAUCUGUAAAUGAAAAAAGUAACUAAUUAUCUUCUGAUUUAAAUAGCAGCUAGCCAAUCCCAUUACAGCGUAAAGGUCGUUCAUAGAAAUCUAAAAUGUAAGAGUAACUUAAUGAGGCUACUAAAUCUUUGUAAGCUUUUCGUGACAAGAGCAAUGAGCUUUAGAUAAGACAAAAUAAUCUCAAAGUAUAGUACAAUGGAUUAAGUGAAAAAAGAAAAAAAUUUGAUCAAGAAAUAGGAGAUUUUACUUUGAAUUCAAAAUAAUUACAAGAAUAUACAAGUGAAGUUUAAAAAGAUUUAAAAAAAGUUAGUUAAAAUUAAAAAGAAGUUGUAUAAGAUACAAAGGAAAAUUUGUAGGAAUUAUUGAAUUAACUCCUUUAAUAUAGGGAUUAAAGAUAAAUUAUGGAACUACUUGGGGAUGCAAUUUCCUAAAAAGACUAGAUACUCAAGCGUAUCAUAGAAUCAACAUAAAAAAACUAAAGUAAAGAAUUAGAGUAAGUCUUAUAAUAAAAGGAGCUUGAAAAGCUAUUGUAAGAAUCAAGCUAAUCAAUUGAGGAUUUGGAUAGAAAAAUUAUAUAACUCACUAUUGAAAACUAGUAAUUAAGCUAAAGCAUCAAAGAAAAAGCAGAUAAAAUAAAUGAACUGAUUCUCAAACUCUCUGAAAAAGAUUAACUUGAGGCAAAUCUUAGAAAUUAAAUUUGUGAAUUAAAUUAGAAAUAAUUACGUAAUGAAAGCGAGCUGUUCAAGAUCCAAGAAAGAUAACUCGUAGAAAACUUUUAAAUAAAAGAGAAAACAUACCAGCAAAGAAUUUAAAUGCUUGAAUCUUAAUUAAAUGAGAAGACUUAAUCUGAAUUGGAGCUAAGAUAAAAGAUUGUUGAUUUAGAAAAUGAAAUUAAAAAAUAUCAAAAAUUAGGGAAGUAAACAGAAAUUCUAAACGCAGAAUUAAAAGAUGUGCUUUUACACAAAUAAUCUGAAAUAGAGCAACUCAAAGUAUAGAUUGAUAACAUCCACCAAUUACACGAAUAAGGACAUUAAGAAUUCAGAUCUAAACUCACAUAAAAAAUAAAGCAAUGUAUUGAGUUAUAAUCAGAAGCAUCUUCAUCUCCAGAAGACAAAAAAAACUCAAUAUUGAGUUCUUCAUCUCAUAAACUAAUACCACGAGAAGAGUAAAAUUUGACAAAUCAAAGCUUUGAUAGGCCAACCAGUAAAUCAUAACACAUUUAAAGUACAUAAAGUGAAUAGAGUAAUAAAGGAGUAAAAACUGAUAUUACUUAAAUUGAAAAGGAAUCUCAAAUGAACUAAAUAUUUAACGAGCUAAAAAUAUUUAAUGAGUAAACAAGCAAACCUACUCUUAGUUAAAUGAAGCUUAAAACAUUAACUAAUGUACAAAUAACUCCUAUUGUUUCAACUAUAAAAUCAAAUUAUAUGUCAAGAGAUACAAGUGCAGAGUGUAAACAAGCAUCCUAAAGCUACAUCAGUGUAAAUGUUGCUAAUUAGAAUAUUUAAGGUUCCUCUUAAUCUUCUUCUAGUAUACUAUAAUAAAAUCCUAAUAACUUAUCAUAAAUAUCUUAAAAUACCUAAUCAUAUCAUCCACCUCUGAGCAUGGGAGGCAACACAGCUCAAUAUUUACAAAACCGGGUUGUUCCAAAUUAAAAAUUUGUAUUUAAACAUCCUCAUCACCCCUAAAAAAUAAUAGAAAUGAGUCCUAUAUCAAGAUAAAGUUCUGUUUAAAGCACAAUAUACCUCAUGAAAUAAAGCAACGUUUCUUCUUACGGAUAAGGUACACCAAAUACAAGCAACUCACUAAUUAAAAAAAUAUGA